AUGAAGUUCUUUCAAACUUUAUCACUGUCCUUGUUUGUGUCCGUUUAUUUCCACCUGUCAAGCCCACAACAAGCUUAUUCCGAAUUGUUUCAAAUAUCACCACAGGAGCUAGUUUACGAGCUGGCAAGCACCAUUGCGUACGGUGGCAAUAUACUAAUUAACGUGGGCCCUACCUCAUGGGGAACGAUCGGACCGAUUUACGAAGAGCGCCUACGACAGCUGGGGGCUUGGUUACGCGUUAAUGGCGAGUCGAUAUAUGCAGCUCAAACCUGGACAAUACAAAAUGACCAAGGCUAUAUAUGGUACACCUCUAAAAGUGAGCCAGUGAUAGAUGCAUCCAUUCCUUUUUGGGAACCCGGAAACGAGAGUGCGAUUCAUCCAUUCCGUGUGAGACCUUUGUUCCCCCAGAAACUGCUCCGUACUGUAGUUUACGCUAUUAUUACCCAAUGGAGGAACGGAAACGCGUUUUCUAACAAACCACGCUGCGUUGGAGACAUACUUUUACCAUCUGUCACAGCGCAUCCCGUCCAGUCAGAGUUUUAUCUGCUUACCGGAAAAGAUUACAAAAAGCUUGACUUUCGAAUACCGUCACCAAGACAGCCUGGGGUACUAGUAGCUGUUCCGGAAUCCAUCUUGCAAGUGGAGCAGCUUCAUUGGGGUUGUGUUAUUAAGAUAGUUAAUCCUAAUUGA